AUGGGGGUAUCAUUCUCCUGUCCGUUCGCCGAGCAAGACGACGUCGUGGAGGCAGCAGCUGCUCUAGACUCCGUCACGGUCAAGUCCAUAAGCUUCGGUGGUGACGACGACGAAUGCAGAACUCCCAAGAGAUCUGUCAAUUUCAACGACGGGACUCUCGAGCCCACCAUCUUGAAGUCUAUGGGAUCUGGUAAAAUGGUUGUUGAGAAAUCCGUUAGCUUCAAAGGGAUGCAGCUGGAGAGAAUGAUCUCUCUCAACAGGUCUUCUUCUCUCUUGAAAGAAGAUUACACGAAAGAGAUUGGCUUCGAGCUGGAGAACGCCGAGAUCGCUAGAGAAUUAUCAGUUCUUGAUCCGAGCAACCCCAAACACGAAGCUGCUAUCAAGUUACAGAAAGUUUACAAAAGCUUCCGUACCAGACGAAAGCUUGCCGAUUGCGCCGUGCUCGUGGAGCAGAGCUGGUGGAAGCUUUUGGAUUUCGCUGAGCUGAAGAGAAGUUCAAUAUCUUUCUUUGAUAUAGAGAAGCACGAAACCGCGAUCUCGAGGUGGUCUAGAGCGAGGACUAGAGCAGCUAAAGUUGGUAAAGGCUUGUCCAAGAAUGGAAAGGCUCAAAAGCUUGCUUUACAACACUGGCUUGAAGCGAUUGACCCGAGACAUCGGUAUGGACACAACCUGCACUUUUACUACAACAAGUGGCUCCAUUGUCAGAGCAGAGAACCUUUCUUCUACUGGCUUGAUAUCGGUGAAGGGAAAGAAGUAAAUCUUGUGGAGAAAUGUCCACGGUUAAAACUUCAACAACAGUGCAUUAAGUACCUUGGUCCGAUGGAAAGAAAAGCUUAUGAGGUGGUUGUGGAAGACGGGAGAUUCUUCUACAGGCACAGCGGAGAAGUUCUUGAAACGUCUGCUGUGGAAGAUAGUGAUUCUAAAUGGAUAUUUGUGCUGAGCACAUCCAAAGUGUUGUAUGUUGGGAAGAAGAAGAAGGGCACGUUUCAACAUUCAAGCUUCUUAGCUGGAGGAGCUACUGUUGCCGCAGGAAGAUUAGUUGUUGAAGAUGGUCUUCUUAAGGCUGUUUGGCCACACAGUGGACAUUAUCAACCUACAGAAGAGAAUUUCUUGGACUUUCUCUCUUUCCUCCGAGAGAACAAUGUCGACAUCACUGAUGUUAAGAUGAGUCCUACAGAUGAAGACGAAUUCUCUAUUUACAAACAGAGAAGCACUCAUAUGAGAAACCAUUCUUUGGAAGACGAUUUGGAGGCUGAGAAGACCUUUGUCUUUCAAGCUAAAGCUGAUCCAAUAGAAGAAGAAACAACUCAGGUGAUCGCUAAUCCCGAGACACCGAAAUCUUUUAGCACAUUUGGCGAUGAAACACAAUCAUUGGGAUCAAAGUCUACAAAAGUAUCUGAAGACUACGACUCGGGUGAUGAGGAAGAGGAAGAGGAAGAGGAAGAGGAAGAGAUGUUUGACUUAGAACAAGAAUCUAUGCCUUCAGAGCAGAGCACACCCAGAAGAGGAGGAGGAGAAGAAGAAGACACCAAGGAUAGUAGAGGAGUGGAGAUUCCAGAAGAAUCAAUCCUGAAAAGGAUCAAUUCAAAGAAGGAAAGUAGGUCUUUCCAACUUGGGAAACAAUUGUCAUGCAAAUGGACAACAGGUGCAGGACCAAGGAUCGGUUGUGUAAGAGAUUAUCCAUCAGAGCUUCAGUUUCAAGCACUUGAACAAGUCAAUUUGUCUCCGAGAAGUGCUUCUGUUUCAAGACUCUGUUUCUCGUCCUCAUCGCAAACGCCUCAAAUGUCACCGUUAUGGCGAGGAAUGUCACUACCUGCAGAUAUUAGUAUCGCACAUUUAUGA